UCAUCUUUAGUAAAUUAUGAUAAGCCAGCCCGUAUAAAACGGAAAGCUGUUCUGAUAUUACUGAGGCAAAGUAUUUUGAAACGAAGAAAUGGAUUCCCUUCUGUUUUGCAUGAUCUUGACACUAGUGACACUGACCGGAAGUAAAGGUCAGGGUGACACAUGUAGUGACGUACUUCCGGACUGCCAUGAGUACACAAAAAGUGCAUGUCAAGCUCCAUAUGAAUCCUGGGGAAGGAAGAAUUGUGCGCGAUUCUGUGGUUUCUGCACCCCUGCCUGCGCUGACCAGCUUUCUGACUGUAAGGAUUAUGGUCAGUCUUCGUGCGUUGCACCUUAUGAAUCAUGGGCAAGACAAAACUGUGCCAAAACCUGUGGAUAUUGCGGCGCUAACGUUUCUCCAUCUGCUACAUCCCCAACUACUCAGGCAGUUGCCAAAACCGACUGUUUAUACAGGGGUAAAUCUUAUCAACUCGGGGAGGAAUGGAACGAUGGUUGUCAGUACAACUGUACCUGUGAGGCAGGGAGGGCAUAUCGAUGCAAAACUACAUGCCCUACAUUUAUAAAUCCACCUCUUAAUUGCCACUACCAAGCCAUCGAUGGACAGUGUUGCAGAAAGCUUGUUUGUUCGGGCAAUCCUAACACCCCAGUUAUAGGUGAUACGGGAUGCCUUUACAACAAAAGGAAGUAUGUACAAGGAGACACAUGGACUGAUGGCUGUUCUGUCAACUGCACUUGUGUGGAUGGAAGAUCUGGACAGUACAAAUGUGUUAACACUUGUCCGGAUGUAAAACCAGCAGAUGGUUGCGUUAUUGUGAAAAGAAAUGGCAGCUGUUGUCCUGAAUCUGUGUGUAACCUACACAAGGCUAGUGAAACAAACGUUGCUGGGUGUCGCUACAACGGACUCGUGUACGAGGAAGGCGACGAGUGGCAUGAUGGAUGUAGUCUCACAAUAAACUGUAAAGACGCAGCCACGGGAUAUUAUACAUCUCAGCCAAGAUGUUUGGACUUACUACUUCCAAAAAUCUGUCACCUGGACCCCGCACCUGCAGGUAAAUGUUGUCAGGUACCCAACUGUCCAGCGUCCUACCCUUACAACUACCCUCCAGGAUAUAUACUAGAGUGAUGCAAGACUUUUGAUAAGA